CGCCGCCAUGGGGGGCAAGAACAAGCAGCGAACCAAGGGCAACCUGCGGCCUUCUAGCAGUGGCCGAGCUGCUGAGCUCCUCGCCAAAGAACGUGGAACAGUGCCUGGGUUUAUCGGCUUUGGCACAUCUCAGUGCGAUCUAGGAUAUGUUCCUGCAGUUCAAGGAGCAGAGGAAAUAGACAGCCUUGUGGAUGCUGAUUUUCGAAUGGUGUUGCGAAAGCUUUCUAAAAGGGAUGUCACAACAAAAUUAAAAGCUAUGCAAGAGUUUGGAACAAUGUGCAAGGAAAGAGAAGCGGAAGUUGUUAAAGGUGUCCUUCCUUACUGGCCAAGAAUUUAUUGUAAAAUCUCACUAGAUCAUGAUCGCCGUGUUCGAGAAGCAACUCAGCAAUCUUUUGAGCAACUGAUUCUUAAAGUAAAGAAACACUUAGCUCCUUAUUUAAAAAGUAUCAUGGGAUACUGGCUGAUUGCUCAAUGUGACACUUACUCUCCUGCUGCCUCUGCUGCAAAAGCAGCUUUUGAAAAAGCUUUUCCUUCAAGCAAACAACCUGAAGCCUUAGCAUUCUGUAAAGAUGAAAUUCUUAAUGUACUUCAAGAUCACCUUGUGAAAGAAACACCUGAUACGCUCAGUGACCCCCAAACCGUACCAGAGGAAGAAAGGGAAGCCAAAUUUUUCCGGAUUCUGACCUGUUCCUUGUUAGCUUUAAAGAAGUUGCUUAGCGUGUUGCCAAAGAAAGAGAUGCUUUCAUUGGAGGAGAAGUUAAUGUCACUUCUGUCCCAGAACAAAUUUUGGAAAUACAGCAAACACAGCAUACCACAGGUUCGCUCUGCUUUCUUUGAGCUGGCCUCUGCUUUUUGCCAGUACUUGCCUGAGCUGGUGAGAACUGAAGCACCAAGAGUUUGUCCUGCUCUUCUUCUCAGCCUUGACGACAGUGAUGCAGUGGUGUGCCCUGCUCUUUGGGAAGCUGUACUUCAUGCUAUCACCACAAUUGAGGACUGUUGGAGUCAUGUAAAUGCCAAAAAGGGAGUUCUACCAAAGCUGUGGACAGUGCUUCGAGAAGGUGGACGAGGACUAGCUACCAUCAUCUACCCAAAUCUCUUGCCAUUCAUUAGCAAGAUACCUCCUGGCAUUGCAGAACCAAAGCUGGAAUAUUUUAGAACUUUUUUCAGCUCUAUAAUUCAAGGGUUGUUGAGUGAGCGAGCAAUAGCCAGCCCCUCGGAAAGUUCAGCAAUCAUAACCGCGUUUAUGGAAUGUCUGCGCUUUGCCAUACUACAGAAAAUAGAUGAGGAAGAUGACCAAAGACAAAUUCAUGAAAUGCUUGUAAAUGACCAGCUAAUUCCUCUUACCAAUGCAAUACUUAAGGAGCCCAGGUUACAAAAUGGACCAUUAUUUUAUCAAAUAGCGGAAACAUUGAGCUCCUGGGAAGCUAAAGUAGAAUCCUCCAAUGAUGAUGGCACAGAUGAAGUUUUCCAGAAACUGUUGUCAAAUUUUUGGGACCAUCUUUUAAAAAUGUGUGUGCUUCAUGUUGAUAUGUUGGAUGCUGAUGAGAAAUCAUUGUUUGCCGUAUCUGGAAUGCUAGAAAUUCUUCAGAAUCCAAAGAGUGCUACAAAACUGAACAGCAGAAAAUCUCUAAAAAUCAGAUUUACAGAUGAGGAUGAAUCUGAAAGAAACGCAGAGAACGGAAAGCUCACGGAAACGCGAAAUAGUGACCCCGAAAUGCAGGCUGACAUGCAGCAUAGUUCACUGCUAAGGAAAGAACCUUUAGAGAAUUUAGUCUGCAACCUUGCUGAACUGGGUAUUGUGUAUGUCAAUGAGCAGAAGUCAGAACGGCAUUUGAAAUUUCUCUCUGCCCUGCUCAACUCUUUUUCUUCAAACAGAGUUUUUCACGUACUUUUAGAGCAGGGAAAUGGUGCAAGCUCUGCUCAAGCUGAAUCCCAAAAUGUAAUUGAAGCUCAUCAUGACAGUCCAUCUGUACGAUUUCUGUAUAUGAAUUUAAUAACUUGGCUGAAAGAAGACUGGAGAAAAGACACCCAUUUUCUGGUUGAUAUUUUGUACAGUGUGCUUAAUUGUUGCAGCAGUGAUGAUGAAAGGAAAAUAAUUCUGGAUGAUUUAACAAAGAUGGAUCUGAAAUGGAUUAUUUUUCUACAGAUAAUUCAAAAGGCAUGCUCAAGCACAAUAAAACUCUCCUUAGUCUCUGACUGGCUGAAAGGAGAUACACUUGGAGAAAGACUUGUAGUGCUGGCAGAUGAUCUGUGUCACCUGGGUUUAAAAGCUGUAGCAGCCUCAUCAGAAUCAUCCUCUUCAGAAAGGUGGACCCUCCUGAGCUUAGUGUUGUCACAACACAUUAAAAAUGAAUCUUUGAUUGGUGAAACUUUUGUUGAAAGGAUUAUUGAUAAACUUCAAGCAGCUCUCUCUAAAGCUAAGGAUCUUUCUGAAGCUGGAGAUACUGAACCAUCAGUAUCUUUCAUCUGCGAUGUAGCCUCAAGCUUCUUCAGCUCAGUGAAAGGGUGUUUACUCAUGCCAUCCUCAGAAGACUUGCUGCUUACCAUCUUCCAGUUGUGUGCUCAGAGGCAGGAUGCUACGCAUCUAACAGAUUUACUGGUAUGUAAAUUAAAACACACUUGGAUGUCUGGUGUAAAUUCACUUGUGUGUCAACUUCGGAGUAUGCAGAAACAGAGUACCUUUUUGUAUAAAUCUGCAGUGUGGGUCAAGAAUCAAAUUCAGUCAUCCUCACUGGAUGUUAAAAGCCUUCAGGUUUUGAUCUCUGCAGUUGGUGAUUUGUUGUCUAAGAUUAUGGAAGCAGAUGGACAGUCUGGAUAUCUUGUGAGAGCUUAUGUUGAGCAUGUCACGCCAAACACAGCUGAGUGGAGGAAACUACAUGAGUGUCUGUCCACUGAGUGGAUGCACAAACCUCUUUUGGAAGGAAGGCUUAGUAUGAAUUGUGAACCUUUGGGAUCAUGUGUCAAGCUCUGUGGCACAACUAAACUUCCAGGCCAUCUGUGUGCUUCAGCCUUAUUAAGUAAAAUGGUGCUACUUGUAUUGGAAAAUGGUAUAGUCCAUUCAAAUGUUGAUGCUGAAAGAAAGAAAAUUGACAAUAUAAUUGCAGAGCUGUUGUACUCAUUACAGUGGAUUGAAGAAUUGGAGAAUCCUCCUUAUCUGCUUCUGGAAUAUCUUCAUAUGUUAGAAGAAAUGCACAUCACAUAUGAGAAGUUCAGUACGCUCAGUGAUACAACUAGCCUUCAGCAAACAGUAUUUGAUAGGUCAGAGGAACAUGGAAGACUCUGGUCCUUAACCAUGGCUAAAGUGAUUCGUGUGGAAAACGCUGUAUCCUGUGAGAUGAAACAACUUUUUAAGACAACAGAAGGGUUUCUGCCACUAACGGAGGGCAAAUUGCAUACACUUCAGUGUUUAUCACCUUUUUUAAUUGAGGAGGAAAAGAAAGAACUUGUCUUCCACUGUGUGGCCAAACUUAUGACAUGUACACAGACAGAGCUUUCCAGUACUGAUGGAGCAUUUGGGUGUCUUUCAAUUUUGAACUCCUGCUUGAAUGAUAGAAGUAUUGAUUGUGAUCAUCUACUACCUGGAAUACUAAAAAUCAUAAUAUCUUGGAAAAAGGAUAAUGAAGACAGCUUUCUCUUUAGCUGCAAUCUGAAAGAAACAAGUGCUCAGUUGCUUGGUUUCAACAUAGAGAUGAUCCGUUACCUUCCCUUGCUGCUGAAGUAUUCCACAGCUCCUCUGGCCGAUAAUGAAUGGGACUUUAUCAUGUGCUCCAUGCUGGCUUGGUUAGAG